UAUAAGCUCAGAUGAAAAGUAAUUUAUCAGAUAAUAAUGGAUAUCACUUCUUUAAAAUGUUCAAAUAUGUUAAAAUCACGACAUACAAUAAAAACAAUACCAAAAUAAAUGAAUUUAAUGAAUUUAUCAUUACCUCCAGUUAAAAAGAGUAGAUCUGAAUCCCCAUCUAAUAUUGUAAAAUAAUUGUUAUUUAAAUUAGAGUGAAACAACUACUUAAAAGAAUGUUUAUCAAAAUUAAUUAGGAAUAGUUAGAAAUGGAUUGAGAAGUAAUAUAUUAAUGAUUAUUUUAAAGGACCUUCCUAAAAGUUCUUAUAAAUUUAAGGAGGAUCUAAAUAUCCAUAUAAAAAAUAGAUCACUAAAGUUAAUAAUAAUUUAGCUGUAGUUAUAGAAAAGGAAUAAUAAAUAGUUUUAAAGCAAAAUUAAUAAACUCAAUAAAUUAAUAAAUAAAAUAAUGAAAAUUAAUUAUCAAUGGAUCCAUAAUCAUUAUAAUUUAGAAAUAUGAUUAUCUAAUAAACUAAAAAUGAAGAUAAAACUUUAAUAGAAAGAAUAUUUAUGAUGAAACAUCGAUUAUUAGAUUUGAAAGAAAUAUUAAAAUUAGAAGCUUCUUUAGAUAUUAAUUAUUAGAAUGAUGAAGGGAAUACUAUAUUAAUGUCAGCAUCAAAAUGUAGAGCUACAUAAAUUGUUGAUUAUUUAUUGAGAAAUGGUGCUGAUGUUAAUAUUCAAAAUGUACACAUUUUAAAUAUCUUUAAUAGUAUUUUGGAUAAACAGCUAUGGAUUUAGCUUUAUUAAAUUAUUAAUUUGUUUCUGCAGAUAUCAUUUUUAAGUAUCUUAAACCUGAAAAUAGAUCAUUUUGA